AUGACGUCUGCAACUGCCGACUUUGCCGAUAAGGCUCCUACGCAAAAUGGAAACCAGCAAACUCAAAACGCAGCCUCAAUGUCCAACGAACAAGACCGUGAUACCAACAACGAUGCUCAAAAGCAGCAGCAGGGACAAGUUCGCUUUUCCUCGAUAGCUGAGGAGAUUGAGCCGUCACAAUCCCAUGCAUCGAGCACAGCCCCCGCUUCUGGAAUUGAUCAAGGUCAGAUUCAGGAUAAUGACUUGAGCUCUCUCGCUGCUUCACUCCAGAAGUCGCAGUUGCAAGAGUCCAGAAUGUUUAAUUUCUCAUACGACCCUGUUUCUCUUCCGUCAUCAAGGGUCGCAUCUCACGAGUCAAGCGAACGUGGGCGCCGAGACGACAAUGUAUCCGACGCGCCGUCAGCUCAUCAUUCGCCUGCAGUGUCCGCGAUGCAGUCACCUCCUCUCACGCCAGCAGCUACGCAUUCUCGGGAAACGAAAUCCAGCGACAAUGCACCUGCGCAGACGACGGCAAAGCAGGCCCCUCCUCUUCCCCCUUCACAAGCGUCAGCAAUCACCCCGUCCGCCUCACCUCCAACGAGCUCGCCUUCUAAAAACGCAGUCGCCCAGAGUCUGCCAAAUUCGCGCCCUACCUCAACGGAGCAAUUAUCGAAACAGAGCGAAGUGACGCAGACAUCUUCCCACCCCCUCCAUUCGUCACAUCGGGCACAGUUUUUCGUUGGUCCUGAAGCAAACUCCCAUGAAGAGAGUCCACCGAUGACACCGAGCGUUGGAGUAGACAGUUAUACCCCUCCAGGAGCCAUCACACCGAUUGGCGAGCCGAAUGACCCAUAUGCACGCAGCAAGCGACCCCCGCAGUCCAAAAACCUAGCCCAGCUUGAUCAGCGCUUCAUCUUCAACGGUCGUGACUUAAAGCGCAGAGGGGUUCAACACGCUCGCCCAGCAACGGCGCGAUCGUCUAGCGCUUCGGAUCUCAAGGCCAGCGAGAAGCGUGGCGGUCUUUUCGGCUCCAAGAAAGAUUUGCGCCAACCAGAGCCAGAAGGCAAGCAUCAUGGCCAUAUGUCGGAACUUAAGAGAUUUUUUAAGAUGGGCCACAAGAAGCGGGGGGAAUCGCCAACUUCAAAGAAAUCGAGUCGCUCUUCUGGAAAAUCCACACCGUAUCAGAUGGCACCUGACAACGUUCCAUUCGCGGACGAUCAUGGUCUCAAUUCCAAGUAUGGGAAGCUUGGAAAGGUGCUCGGUUCAGGUGCCGGGGGUUCAGUUCGACUGCUUAAACGUAACAGCGACGGGGUUACGUUUGCUGUCAAGCAAUUCAGGGACCGUCAUUCUUGGGAGACGAUGAAGGAAUACUCCAAAAAGGUGACUGCUGAAUUCUGCAUCGGAUCGACUCUUCAUCACGGCAAUAUUAUUGAAACAUUGGAUAUCAUUCAAGAAGGGACACAUUGGUAUGAGGUUAUGGAAUAUGCGCCGUAUGAUCUGUUUGCGAUUGUGAUGACAGGGAAAAUGUCGAAAGAAGAAGUUGCCUGUUCUUUCAAACAAAUCCUCAGCGGUGUGGCCUAUCUACAUGGGAUGGGCCUGGCUCAUCGGGAUCUGAAGCUUGAUAACGUUGUGGUUAAUGAGCACGGGAUCAUGAAACUCAUUGAUUUCGGCAGUGCGGUAGUUUUUCGAUAUCCGUUUGAAAACGACAUCGUUCUUGCUUCUGGUAAGUUUUGA